CGAGCCCCGUGCUCAGGCCAUCUCGGCCUACGAUGGCCAAGUCGAGUUCACGGCCAUGCCCAAGAACAUGCUUGAGAUCAACAUACACUCCAUCUACGCCGAAGUUCUAACAUUCGCUAAGAACUUCGGUGACGUCCGCUCGUUUGCUUACAUCGAGCCCAACGGUUUCGAGGCUCCUCGCUUCCGUAGCGAGUAUUUCUCUGUCAAGUCUGCCGAGAAGGCCAUCGCUGCCAGUACACAGAGCGUAAGUAUCUUCUCUUCUGAGAAAACCGACUUCAAAUGCUAACUUUCUCAGGAUGCCAUCUUCAUCUCGGCUAAGGAGUAC